AUGUUUGGUGGUCAAGGUCGUGCACCUGCAAAUGAAGUUGAGUUGUUCAAUCUUCGUCAUUCAUCCUUGAGGAAUGUCAUUGAGAGGAUAUUUGGUAUAUUUCAGUCACGAUUUACAAUUUUCAAGUCUGCAUCUCCAUUCCCAUAUGCGACACAAACAGAGAUAGUGUUAGCUUGUGUAGAACUACACAAUUUUCUUCGAAAAGAGUGUAGAUCUGACGAAUUUCCUGUUGAAUUGGAGGACGAAUCUUCUUCAUCUUCAUCGUUAUCGGUUAAUGAAGGGGAUCCUGAACUAGUUUUCCAAACACAAGAACAACAAUGA